CUUCUGUCAGCUGACAAGAUGAGGAUCGAUGAGUAUGCAGCAAUCCUAACAAAGCACCUGCACCCCAAACAGUUUAAGGAUUCAAGGUUUUUAGCUCAACGGUGAUCUGGAUGAGAUGAGGCUGGAACAGACUGUAAAUGGACUUGACCUAAAGGACUCCAGUGGGGGUGAUGAAGGGAAUAAUAAGAAAAAUCCAGGGCUGAUAAGUUCUGAUAAUGAGGAAUAUGGCUUCUGCAACAGGAAGUGUGUAAGUGUGAAAUAUGGCCCUCAACCACCUAAUAGUACCAGACCAGGACUGGACACUGUUUAUGAGAUGAGAGAAUGGGACUCUGUAGCUCAAGAUUCGGAAGACUUCAAGCAGAAAGAAGCAAAGAUGGUGGAUCCCUGCAGCUUUAGAUAUAAUGAGGAUCCAAUGGCUCCUUUCUGCCUGCUGGAGAGGGAAGAGUCAUACGUGACAAACGACAAUAUGUUCAAAUUGGAGUUAAUGUCUAGUGAUGAUUCAGAAGAUGAAUGUUCAUCAAGCUUUACUCAUACUGUUAUAAAAAUCGCAGAAGCUGCUAUUGAAAACAGGUCUCCAUUACCUGAAGUUCUACCAGAGGUUGUCCCAUUCAAAGACUCUUCUAAUAUAGAUGGAAAUGAAGAAGGGGGUAAAGUUUUUAGCAACCCAUCCACAGUAGAGGUUAAUGAAAGGGCAUGCAAAUAUAUUAACGGUAAGCAGAAAGAAAGUAACCUUUUCCAUGGACUGGAGCUGCAGGAAAAGAAGAGACUGAAUAUUAACACUAAUGCAACAGUGACAGAGGAGAGCAGUGUUAAACUCCUAAGCAAUUCAGAAGGGUUGAAAAGAGAGCAUGCUGACUUUUCUGAGCAGCAGAAAGAAACGAAGGAAAAGGGAAUUGAGGCAGAUCUGAGCCCCCUAGAUGAAGAUAUUGAAGAAUGUGAAUCCUGGGCAAUGGAUUUGUCAGAAAUGUUCAAGGGUAGCAGUAACGAGGAAUGUAACAAACAGGAAGCACUCCAGAAAAACACUGUGAAAACAUGGCAGAAGAGCAAUGCAGCUGAGGAGAAACUGUUGUUUGAUCCUUUGGACAAGACAAGUGAUUCCUACAUUGUGCACCAGAAUAAAGAUUCGGAGGAAAGGGUCACUCAUCAUUUACCAUUGUUGCCAAAAUGCCCUGACACACAUAGCAGGCCAAUCACUCUAAGUGAAACUGUACCCAUUGAAAAAUCUACUAGGAAGAUGGAAAGAGAAGAGGCGGAAAUUGAAGAGCCUUCCUGCUUCUGCAUCUUUGGAAUGUUUCUGCCAAAACCAAAUAAUAAGGGCAAUAAAGAAGUUAAAGAAUCCCGGGAAUCUCGUAUGAAGAAGAAAAAUAACUUCUUUAGAAGAAUAUCUGUCUUGAUAAGAAGAAAUUGUGCUGUUUGAUUGCUCCUGUGCCAAAGCUUAGGAGCCAAAUACAGCCAGAGAAACAUGGCAUGAAGUACAACUGAUAUUCUUUGGGCACGAAAAGCUUAAUUUUUUUAUAUUUCUAUAUAUCGAUUUUAAAAUAAUAUUAAAUAAACA